AUGGCCACUCAAGUACAGACUACCACGACGGAACCUCAGAAGCUACAGCUUCGUGGUGAGACGUCCAUCAACUAUGAGCAGGAGAAGUACAAAUACCAAGACUACCUCCCGCACUUCACGCCUGGUACACAACCGCCUUUGGAGGAGUUUACCCAUGUCGAUGUUGGGCUGAAAGCGGAUGCUGGGAAGGAAAACCUGCUGAAUGUCCCAGGUGUCUCACACGAAGAGAUCACACCAGCAAUUGGGACUGAAAUUCGUGGAAUCCAGCUCAGCCAGCUUACUUCUGCUCAAUUGGACAAGUUGGCCUUACUGGCUGCCGAGCGCGGUGUAGUACUGUUUCGAGACCAAGACUUUGCCGACGUUGGUCCGGAGCGCCAGAAGGAGUAUGGAAAACACUUCGGGCCUCUCCACGUUCACCAGAUGGGCGGUCAGAUCAAAGACUACCCCGAGCUGCUCCCUGUGUACCGCGACUUCACUGCCGGUGCCGUUGACAAUGAGAUCAAGGACAACGUCACGAGUGUCAAGUGGCACAGCGACAUGAGCUACGAGAUCAAUGGGAUGGGUACUACUACAUUCUUGCCAUUAAGUACACCGUCAUCUGGUGGCGAUACGCUUUACCUAUUCACCACAGCAGCUUACUACGCUUUGUCGGAAACUUAUCGCACACUCCUACACGGGCUAAAAGCUGUCCAUUCGGGAUUUUCGCAAGCUUCCGUGCAUGACCAUCGAGAUCGUUACAUAAGGGAGCCAGUAGAAACAGUACAUCCAGUUGUACGAAUCCAUCCUGUCACUCGUCAGCUGUCGCUCUAUGUCAAUAGGUUAUACACCAAGAAAAUUGUGGGAAUGAAGCAGGAAGAGAGCGCUUCAUUGUUGGGCUUCCUAUUUGAUCACAUAGAGAGAGGUCAGGAUUGGCACUUGCGGAUACAUUGGAAACCAGGACAUGUGGUUGUUUACGACAACAGGAACACGCAGCAUUCUGCUCUUAGAGAUUUUCGCGUCGAGGAAGGGACAACGAGGAGACAUAUGCUGAGGAUUACUCCGCAAGCCGAAAGACCAUAUUUUCAGGAGCCCAGCGCUAACCCCAAUACCCUCAACUAA